AUGAAUCAUCGUCAUCCAUCAUCACCCUAUAUAUUGAAUAAUAUCAUCCAUCAAUUAUCAGACAAUUUUUCCAGUGAUGAAGGUUGUCGACUAUUAAGUAAUGUUGUAAGUGAGGAAUGUAAAGUUCUACAAGAUAUUAAAAAAAUUCUUGAAAAACGAAUCUCAUUCGAUGAACAAUAUGCAAAAAAUCUUCAAGAUUUAACAACUAAUGCUAAUCGUAUUACAUGGCCAAUUAAUACAAAUGCGAUUGCUUCGGUAUCUCGAGAAGUUUUUUUGCAAUGGUCUCAUGUAGCAACAACAAUGAGUUCAAAUGCCGAACAAUUUCGAAAAACUGUACUGGAUGAUCUACUUAAAGGACUUAUUGAACAAAAAAAUGAUUCAAAAAAAUUUUUAGAUGAUGAGAAACGUCGAUAUGAUGGUGAACAUCGAAAGGCUCAACGUGAUGUCGCUGAUGCUGAAAAACGUUAUUUAGAUGAAGCCAAAAUAUAUGUUGCAAAAAAUAAUGAACUAACAAAACUUCAGAAUAAUGCUCGUAAAAGUGAUGAUUCUCGAAUAAAAAAUUUAAAAGAUGUUGUUAUUGAAAAACGAGGCAAUGUAUAUCGUGCACAUAAUGAUUAUAUUCUUAAAAUUCGAGAAUAUAAUUUUAUUGAUAAAGAAUAUGUUCAAAAAGUUCGAAGUUUACUUAUUUAUCAUGAAGAAUCACAAUCACUUUUAAAUAGAUCAUGGCAAAGUCUACUUGAAGCUAUGGUUAAUUAUUUAAGUAAUAAACAUUGUGAACCAACUACAACGGCAGAAGCAUUACGAAGAAUGAUAUCGUCUCUUGAACCACGUCAUUUUUAUAAUGAAAUGUGUAGAAUUCAUUCCAAUAUCACUCAAAUGACAACUAAUCCCCAAACAUUUAAUGAAUUACUCCUUCAAACAUCAGGUUUAACAAAAGUAAAAAGCAAUCAAUUUAUUGGUGAUGGUUCAACAAAACAAGACUUAAAACAAAAUUUAUAUGAUGAACGAAAACAUUUAUUUGAACAAAAACGAUCGAUAGAUUAUACACGAAUGAGAAAAGGAUGGGAAGAACAAUUACGUGAUGAAUUAAAAUCAAUUAUGAAAAGUGUUGGAUAUAGAUCAGAUGAUGAAUCUAAUGGAGAUUCAGAUGAAGAUUUAACCGAUCGACUUGAAGAUCAACCGUAUUUUCAUGGUAUUAUACCACGUAAUCAAAGUAUUAGUCAAUUAAUACAAAAAGGAGAUUAUUUAGUUCGUAUAAACGAACAAGGAAAAAUUGUUUUAUCAAUUUUAUGGACGGAUCCAGAUAAUCCAAGUAGAUUAAAAGAUGGACAUUUUUUAAUACAUGAACGAAAUCAAAUGUAUUCAUUACAGCCAGACGUAUAUUUAAAAUCAUCUGUUCCGGAAUUAAUUUCAUUUUAUAAAAGACAAAAAAUUGAAUUACGAGAUGAUGGGACACGAUUAAUUCGACCUAUAUCAAGGCCAGAUUAUGUGAUUAAUAAUGAUGAAGUUCGUAUAUUAGACAUAUUAGGAAAAGGUCAUUUCGGUCAAGUUGCCCGUGGUGAAUUUCGUGGUAAACCUGUAGCUGUCAAAAUUCUUCAUGAAUCAUCAGCAGCUCAAAAUCCUCAAGCUCGAAAAAAUUUUAUAAAUGAAGCUCUUUUACUUCAACAAUAUAAACAUAAAAAUAUUGUUAAAUUUCUUGGUAUUGCUGCAAUACGGGAUCCACUUAUGAUUAUUAUGGAACUUAUUGAACAGGGAAGUUUGAAUAAUUAUUUAAAAACUAAUGAAGUACGGGUUCCACAAUUAAUUCAAAUGUGUUAUGAUAUUGCUAAAGGAAUGGAAUAUUUAGAAAGACGUAAUGUUAUACAUCGAGAUUUAGCUGCUCGUAAUUGUUUAGUUGAUAAAAAGAAUCGAAUCAAAGUAGCUGAUUUUGGUCUAUCAAGAUGUUUACAAUCAGAUGAAGAAUAUUUUUGUCAGAUUAAAGAAAUUCCAAUACGUUGGUGGGCUGUUGAAGUCUUUUCUAAUGCUCCAUAUACAAGUAAAUCAGAUGUUUGGUCAUAUGGUGUAACUGUUUGGGAAGUUUUUUCUAAAGCAGAUACACCUUAUUCAAAUAUAGCACUUAAUCAUUUCGUUAUUGAUGCAGUUAAAAAUGAUAUGCCUCAUUUACUUAUAAGUACAAAAAUUCGUCUCGAACCAGGUCCAACUAUUGUGGGUGAUGAACGAACAGAUCCAGAGGUUAUGGCUUAUUUAGGAGCAAAACUUUUUCAUGAAAAAUGUAACACUUAUUCAGAAUAUCGUACAGAUGAUUGUGCACGUGUUGUUCUUGACAAACUUGAACAAAUUGGUUUUCAUGUUGUUACCAUGACAGGUGUUGGUCAAACAUGUAUUUGGUUAUUACAUAAAGAAUUAAACUAA